AUGAUAUCUUUAACAAAUAGAUUAUGUGUAAAUACCAAUAAAAAAUUUAUAACCAAUAUUAUUUCAAAUUUAAAUAGUUAUAAUAAAUUAAAUUUAAAUUUUACAAUUUCAAAUAAAUUAUAUUUUUCCAAAAAUAAUCCAAAUUUUAUAAAAUUUAAAAUAAAUGAUAGUGAUAAUAAUAAUUUAAAUAAUAAUGAUAAUGAUAAUAAUAAUAAUAAUUUAAAUAAUAAUAAUAAAUAUAAUAAUAAUAAUAAUAAUGAAAAUAAUAAUGAAUCAUAUAGUUUUAAAGAUGAAAAUGAAAAUUUAUUAGAUUCAACACAUAUUGGUAAUAGUCAAUUUUGUAAGAAUAAAUUUUCCGAAGAAAUUGUACCAAAUGUUAUAAGUAAAAAUAUUUUAAUUAAAAAGAUAGAGAAUACAUUCAAUGGAUUGAAAUUCAACGAUAAUCAAUUACUUUCCAAUUCAUUUUCAACAGCGGUAACCUUUUCAAAAGAUAAUAAAACAUUAAUCACUGGUAAAUAUUUCGCAGAAGCAUCAAAGAUAUUUCCAUUAGUAGUUUGUAAAUAUCUAUUUAAACGAUACCCAAAUGUCACCAAUAACUAUGUAAUACCUAUAAACUCAUUCUUUAUAUCCCAUGUUGUCAUUGCCAAUACUUUUCAAUAUUUAAAUCUUCAAGGAUACAUCAAAAAGUUAUCAAAUAAAUUACCAAAUCAAAAAUAUGAACAAUUAUAUUACGUCACAUUCAUGUCAUUCAUUGGUUCAGUUUAUCUAGAUCAAGGUGAAUCAGCUAUUGAAGACAAAAUUUUACCUUUAUUCACUGAAUAUUUAGAUUCAUUAUCACAAUAUGAAUUUGAUCAUUUAUUUGCGAAUUAUAAAAAAUUUUUAUUAAAAAAAAAAAUAAAAAUUAAUACUAUAGAAAAUCAAAAUCAAAAUCAAAAUCAAAAUCAAAAUCAAAAUCAAAAUCAAAAUCAACAACAACAACAAAAUAUAUAUAAAGAAAAUGAAAAUAAUAAAUCAGAUCCAUCAACAACAUCAACAUCAACAUCAUCAUCAAAUUUAAUGAUGAAAAAUCAAUCAUAUCAAGCACCAAUUGAAAAUCAAGAUUUACAUCUUUAUAAAAAUCCAAGUUCAAUUUGGGAAUAUUAUAAAAAACAAUUAGGAGCUGAUGUAUAUCAAACCUCUAAAAAUAAUGUACCAGCUUGGUUUUCAACAUUAAUUUUACAUGAUUGUGUUGGGUUCUCUCAUAUUGGUAGAUUACAAACCGUUUUAAAUCAACAUUCAAAAAGACCUGGUCAAAUUCAUUUAGUUAAAGAAAUUAAUAGAGGUACUGAUAGUUCAUUAUAUUUACAUGUUUUAACUGUUGAGAAUAAUGAUUCAAAUUCAAUCAAUAAUAAAAAUCAUAAUAAUAAUAAUAAUAAUAGUAAACCUAUAAUACUUGGUUAUGGUAUAUCAAAUUCAAUUAAAGAAUCAAGAGAUAAUUCAGUAACUGAUUCAUUAUUAAGAUUAUUACAUGAUAAUAAUAGAAUUUAA